AUGGCUACUCGAAACGCGCUCGUAAUCGGCGCAAAUAGAGGUCUCGGGCUCGGCUUACUCAAGGUGUUCAAGGAGCAUGGCUACAAUGUGUUCGGCACAGUCCGCCCCCAAACCAGGGCCGACGCCUCUUUCAAAGACCUUGAAGCCACUGGAGCAACGGUAUUCGAUCUCGACUACACGGAUGAAGAGAGCAUCUCUGCAGCUGCUCAAAGUUACGGCAGCGACAAAGCUCUGGAUGUACUCGUGAAUUGUGCUGGGCUUGAGAUGUACCCUGAGAAGUGGACAGAUACCACCGCUGAGGCACUGAUUGAAAAGUAUCGCGUCAUGACUGUGGGCCCAUUCCUGGCAAGCAAGUACUUUCUGCCAAGCUUACAGAAGAGUAAAUUCGGAAAGAUAGUGAACAUAACUUCCGAAUGGGCGUCCGUCGCAGAUAACGAUUGUGGGACGCACAUCAGCUACCGAGUCCCAAAAUCGGCUCUGAAUGCACUUAGUGUAUCGUUACAUUUUGAGCUGAAAGCCGCCAAAGAGAAAAUAGCAGUACUGCUUGUUGACCCUGGUGAUGUGCCCACUAAACUCAGUCGAUGGGCCGGAGACAUCGAUCUGAACGAUUCAGUGCGUGGCAUGUAUGAUCAGAUCGAGAAAGCUACGCUCGAAGAUUCUGGUCUCUUCGUGAAUUGGAAAGGGCAUAAAUGGAGAUACUAG